UGUUGAUCGGGUGUCGAUUACCACUGCGCAGCCGCAGCCCGUGUGACGAAGAUGGUGCUCAUCAAGGAAUACCGUGUAGUGUUGCCAGUCUCUGUAGAAGAGUAUCAAGUAGGGCAACUGUACUCUGUGGCUGAGGCCAGCAAAAAUGAGACAGGAGGAGGAGAAGGCAUUGAAGUGCUGAAGAAUGAACCCUAUGAGAAGGAUGGAGAGAAGGGACAGUACACACAUAAAAUAUAUCAUCUAAAAAGUAAAGUCCCGGGUUACGUGAAGAUGAUUGCACCAGAAGGAGCAUUAGUUUUUCACGAAAAGGCUUGGAAUGCCUACCCAUACUGUCGCACUAUUGUGACGAAUGAGUACAUGAAGGAUGACUUCAUGAUUAAGAUCGAGACCUGGCACAAACCUGACAUGGGAACAGUAGAAAAUGUCCAUGAACUGGAUGAGCAGACGUGGAGGACUGUCGAAGUCGUACCCAUAGAUAUUGCAAACAAAGAAGAAGUGGCCCCAGGGGACUAUAAGCCAGAAGAAGACCCUGCGCUUUUUCACUCAGCCAAAACAGACAGAGGACCUUUAGGCCCUGAAUGGAAGAGUGAGCUGAAGGCAGAUUGUCCUUACAUGUGUGCAUACAAACUGGUCACUGUCAAGUUCAAAUGGUGGGGUCUGCAGACCAAAGUGGAAAACUUCAUCCACAGGCAAGAAAAGCGUAUUUUCACCAACUUCCACCGCCAGUUGUUCUGUUGGAUUGACAAAUGGGUGGGUUUGACCAUGGAGGACAUCAGGCGGAUGGAAGAGGAGACUCAAAAAGAGCUUGAGGAGCUGCGUAAAACAGGUCAGAUUCGAGGCACCAGUGCUGCUCAUGAGCAGUGAGGCAAAUCAACCAAACCCUGUCACGAUGAUGUCAUCAGAGACAUGUCCACCACGCUGAGGAAAUGGCCCUGAUUGUCGCCUCUUCGCUUCCUGUCUCACAUGAUUCAUUGGGGGGUUUGAAAUGAUUGGUUAACAGUACUGUACAGAUCCUACCCCCAGUCACAAGCCUCCUGUUCACUCAGAGAAGAAAAAAAAACAAAACAAAAAAAUCAAAAAAAGAACAAAACAAAAAAAAAGGUUUUGCAUUCAUAUAAAAAGAAAAAAAAAACUUUGCACAGAUCGUAAAUUGCCUGAUAUGUAAUUGUUAGUUGAUUAUUCCAAUGGGCUUUGUUUUUAUCCAGGUGUGUAAAUGGUGACUCACAAAGUCAAGCCUUUUAAAUUCAUUAGAAUGUUUUUAGCUACACGUUCCCACACAAAUUUCUAUGAGAUGAUUGAAGCAGGUAUCAGACAAUUGAAUUCCCCACGUUCUCCUUGUAUUAUAACUGUCUGUCUCUACUUUAAACCUCGUCUCUCCCCUCAGUAUUGUCGAUAUACUUGUCCUGGUAAAAGGUUUUUCUCGGUUCUCUGCCGUUGUUCCACUGGCCCACUAUGUCUGGGGUUUUUUUGUUGUUUUUUUCUUUAUUUUGAAUUCUCAGGCAGAUCCAUGCCUAUUUUUUUAUGGUUUAAAAGCAAAGAUGAUGCUCAUGCAUGAUGGGUAAUUUAUUUUUGCCCACCCCUUUCUUCGACACAAGUGCAUGUGGACAACAGCAACUCCUCACUUUUAAACUGUCGCUGCAUGUCUACAGCCACUGCAGUGCGUGUUGUGUGUGUUGUUUAGAGGGCAAGUCAGUACCCUCCACGAGAGUAUGUACUUUACACCUCUGUGUUGGCGUACGCAUCUGUGUGCUUGUUUGUGUUUUUAACUGCCUUCACUCUUAAAACUGUCAGUCUGGGGACUGAGAUGGUUAACAUUCAGCAUAAGAUCAAAGCUUCUGAGUGCUCUCACACCACCAGCAGCCUCUUGAACUUUGCCUCAUGCUGUCGCUGCAUGGCCUUUCUCCUUGGCUAGGGCUUUAACUGGAGGACUGUCAAACCUCCCCAAAAGCUGCUUCUUUUUUUUUUUUUAAUUUUCUGGUUUAGAUUUAAAUGAGGAUGAGAGUCUGUGCACUGCUGCGUGCAUGAAUCAAGGUAGUUUUUUUUUAAGUUUUUUUUUAUAUCUUUCUCAAACUACUGUUUCCGCUCUACUGACAGAACAAAUGGGUCCAGGCAGAUCUGCCAUGUUUGUUACAGAUGUGGAUUAGCUUAGUUUUUUUGUUUGUCCACCCACACACACAAUUACUUUUUUUUUUU